UCUUCUGCUUUUUCUUUCACACUCACACUCAUUGGUGGCUUGCCAGCCUCGAGAAGCAGACCAGAGCUUCGUCUGUGCUUUACCGUGAUGCACUCAGUGGUUUCUGCUCUGUUCCUGUUUUUCAGUACACUUCUGUAACAGCGCAGAUCGCUUCACAGCUCUCGCACAGGGUUCGAAGCCAUGGAGGCCGUAGCGAUCUACGACUUUCAUGCCACAGAAAUCGAUGAACUCAGCUUCGAGAAGGAUGACAUACUUAAGAUCAUCAAUAUGGAAGAUGACCCAAACUGGUACACGGCAGAGUUAAUGGGAAGGAAGGGCUAUGUACCCAAAAACUAUAUUGAAUUAAGACCACACACGUGGUUUGCAGGCCGUAUUUCCAGGCUUGUUUCUGAAGGACGACUGCGUCAGAGGGAAUUUGGAGCCUUCUUGGUACGAGAAAGCGAAAGUGCACCUGGAGAGUUCUCCAUGUCAGUCAGCUACGGUGAUCAUGUGCAACACUUCAAGGUUCUGAAGGACAGAGAGGGACAGUACUUUAUCUGGGACGAGGGCUUUUCAUCUCUCAACCAGUUAGUGGACUUCUACAAAAGCAACAGCAUUGCUAAAGAAAGGACAGUCUUCCUGCGGGAGGCAGAACGAUCACAAAGGAGGCCACAUCAUGCCCACGCGCUGGUAGACUUCAUCCCCAAGCACAACUCCCAGCUGCAGUUCCUGCGCGGUGAUGUCAUUGACCUGCUCGACUGCUCAGACUCGCGGUGCUGGAAGGGACGCUGCAACGGGCGCGUCGGCCUCUUCCCCAAAGAGUGCGUCAAGCUCAUUUACCACUGACCUCAGCAGAACGUCCUGUGUGGGCCGAUGGAGCUGGACUGAUAGAACGGAGGAAGGAUUGAAAUUCAUGUGGACUGAUACAGACAGGUGUAAUGCUGUGUUUGUGGAAAAAAGACAUGUCUUCCCCGAUGAGCGGUGAACAGGAAAACAGAAAGAACUGGAUAAUCCUUUUCAUUUAGCUUACAGCAUAUAUACAUGAAAUGAUAUAGACACUAAGAGUCACUCUCUCUCUCUCUCUCUCUCUGGGAUUUCCAAUGAGUACAGAAGAAGCAUCACUAAACAAAGAAAAACAGCAAUGCAUUUAUGACACAUGUAUAACUGCAACAUUUUGCUGCACUUUUCUUUGCAUUUAUUUUUUUGCUCUUGCAGAUCUUCAAUUGCUGAUUGCAGUUGUGUUUGUGGUAUUUUUUAAAUAUAUAUGUACUGUAUGUAUUGCCUGGUGUUGUUAUUAUGAAGAUUUUUCUCAUCCAUGAAUUGGUUGUGAUUAUUGCAUUAGUGAAGAGGAAAAUAAAUGUAUGCUGACGAUAA